GCAUCCAUCCAGUUGUGUUAGCUCCUGAUUAUCCUUUGACUCGUCUCAUCAUAAAACACUACGAUGCUCAACUGCUUCACCCGGGUGCAGAGAGACUCUUUGCAGAAAUACGACGCACCUAUUGGAUUCUCAGAGGUCGGCAGGCCGUUAAGAAACACCAGUACCAGUGCGUAGACUGUAGGAGAUGGCGCGCCUCACCUUCCACACCAAAGAUGGCUGACCUUCCCUCAGCUCGUUUGAGACUCUACAAACCCCCAUUCUGGUCUACAGGUGUAGACUGUUUUGGACCGUACCUAGUUAAGAUUGGACGUCGACGAGAGAAACGCUGGGGGAUCAUUUACAAAUGUCUUACCACUCGAUGUGUCCACUUGGAUCUCCUCCCUAGCCUCGACACCGAUUCUUUCCUGAUGUCAUUACGCAGGUUCAUUGCUCGCCGGGGGAAGCCAUACGAGUUGUGGUCCGACAGAGGCUCCAAUUUCAGGGGAGGCCAUAAAGAACUAUAGAGCGCCUUUGAAAGCAUGGCCCCAGUGUUGCAGCAACAGUUGGCCAAACAGACUUUCAACUUUAACUUCAACCCACCGUAUGCUCCUCACUUUGGGGGAGCCUGGGAGAGGGAAAUCAGGUCAGUCAAAUCAGCUUUACAAGUUGUCCUGAAAGACCAAGUUGUGGCAGAGGAAGUACUUCUAACAGCUCUCAUAGAGGUUGAAGGCAUCCUUAACUCUAAACCUCUCGGUUAUGCCUCCUCUGACGUGGCUGACCUAGACCCCAUCACGCCAAACCUUCUGUUAAUGGGGCGGCGGGAUGCAGGACUACCACAAGCAGUGUAUGGUCCUCAUGAUGCKCUGUCCAAGAGGAGAUGGCAACACAGUCAGGUCGUCAGUGAUCAUUUUUGGAAACGCUUCAUCCAGGACUACCUUCCAGGACUUCAGUUACGACAGAAAUGGAGGAAAUCUACUGAUAAUUCUGCUGUGGGACAAAUAGUGAUGAUUGUUGAUUCCAACCUUCCCCGAGGACUGUGGCCCGUCGGGAUCAUCACCAAGGUUUUCCCUGGGACGGAUGGCGUCGUUCGAGCUGCUGAGGUGAAGGUCAAGGACAGCAUCUACAUUCGACCGGUAACUAAACUGGUGGAGCUUCCUGAAGUGCCUGAAGAUUUGGGUUCUUCUUCUACCUAGUGGACUUUGUAUGAGUGUAUUUGUUUGCAAAUACAGGGGCGGCUGUUAAAAGUCCACCUGUGCGUUUUAACACUACAAUACCCAUGAUGCAUCUUCGUUUUUUGUAGUUCGACUUUCACGGAGAUGAGCAAGUUAUUUCUGUGCUUCUGUGUGGUUCGGUGGCAU